UGCAAAAAUGCAAAAGGUAUGGGUUGAACCCAUGAAGUUUGGUUCAAAGAUUGAGUAAGUGCAGUUUUGUGCGGGAGUCGCGGUCACUUCUGGUAAAAGGCAAGAAAUGAGUUCGUACAAAUCCUCGCACUGCACAAACAGAACGUGCAAAUUAUAGGUUUAUAUAAUGCACAUGCUGUAUCCUUCGAGUGUCGCGUUGCAGCUUUCCGCCCUCUCCGUACGCACCAGGUUGAUUUCGUACUGUGGGUCGUUGGGUCGUGCGCGGUGCGUUUCUGGAGCCUGCUGCCUGCGAAUCGUGGAUUUUGGCCGUGCGUGUGCGAACGGGCCCUGUCGAAUAUCGCGCUUGCCUAGUACUGUAGCGAAGGAACCAGCAUCAACUAGAUAUCCUAUACUGUUCGUUAUCGGUCGUCCCUCUCAAGAAGUGUUAGCUCAUCGUUGGGAGGAGGUGUAAUUGAAGUCUGCCCCGCGAUCGAGGUAAAUCUCCUUGGUGGGGCACGUGCCUCGCUUCCAUCUCUAUACCAUC